ACUAUUCUUCUGCAAGCAAGCAAGACAUGCCUUCAACCCAUAACCCCUUCCUUCUCAUUCAAAAGAUCAUCAAAACCCAGCCGAUUCACCACCCCGCCACCACCUCCCUCAUCUUCCGCCUCCUCAUCGACGCCCACAUCCGAUCCCAGAAACCCUGCCCCGCCGCCCUCUACCUCGACCGAAUGCUGCGUUGCGGCCUCACUCCACCUAUCACCACCUUCAACCGGCUCCUCCACCUCCUCCUCGCAUCCGACCUCCUCCACACCGCCUCCUCCCUCUUCCUCGACGCCAAGAACCGCGUCCCUUUGGACGCCUACAGCUUUGGCAUUAUGAUCCGCGGCCUCUGCGACGCCGGACGCCUCGACGAAGCUUCGAACUUGAUGGAGGAGUUCGAGGCCGGCGGCUCGCCGCCCAGCGUGGUCAUGUACACGACUUUGAUCGAUGGGUGCUGUAGAAGAGGCAGCUUCGAUGCGGCGAGGCGAUUGUUCGAUCGGAUGAAGGGACAAGGCGUGGCCCCCAAUGAGUUCACUUACACCGUCAUGAUCAGCGGGUGCUUCAGGAACGGCUUCUCCAAUGCCGGGUUCGAGCUGUAUGACGAGAUGAAGCGCGCGGGAGUCUUUCCCAAUCUCUACACAUACAAUGUGUUGAUGUCCCAGUGUUGCAAGAGUCAAGAUCUGGUCUUCGCCUUUCAGUUGUUCGACGAAAUGACGGAGAAGGGAGUGUUGCCGAAUGUUGUGACGUAUAACACACUAAUCGGUGGGUUUUGUAGGCAAAGCAUGGUAAAAGACGCGACGAAGUUGUUGGUGAGGAUGAAGGAUGCUGGACUGAGACCGAGUUUGGUUACUUAUAAUGUUCUCAUCGACGGGUAUUGCAGAGCAGGAAAGAUGGUGAAAGCUUCUCGUGUAUUGAACCAGAUGAAGCAAAAUGGUCAUUCUCCGAGUACGAUCACUUACCAUGUACUCAUCGAUGGGUUUUCUCGAGCUGGAGAUUUGGUAGGAGCAGCCAAUGCCUAUCGAGAAAUGAAGGACAGGGGGUUAACCCCCACGAACGUAACUUACACAAUCCUCAUCGAUGCUUUUGCUAGAGAAGAUGACAUGGAGAGGGCUUUCGAGAUGCAUCGAUCCAUGGAGAGAGCGGGCUUGGCGGCAGAUGCUCACACAUACGGUGUUUUAAUGCGUGGUUUGUGCAUGCAGGGUGAGAUGAAGGAUGCCCGGAAGCUGUUCGACGCAAUGAACGACAAAGGGUUGAAACCGACUGAUGUGAUAUAUAACAUGAUGAUUUAUGGGUACUGUAGAGAGGGCAGUUCAUACAGGGCGCUGAGGCUGCUGAGGGAGAUGAUAGGAAAUGGAAUGGUUCCCAAUGCUGCAAGCUAUGGUCUGACCAUUCGUGUGCUUUGCAAGGAUGGGAAGCGGCAAGAGGCCGAGGUUUUGCUGAGUAAAGUGAUACACUCGGGCUUGCAGACGUGUGAAUCCAUUAAUGGAGCAUUGUUUGACAUGCAGUGACGGGAUCACUUCACUUAAUUUGGCCUUCCACACAGAAAUCGAGACAUGGGUCUCGCCGUUCGUUCAUCACGGCCGGUGGCCACUGCCGACGGCCCACCUGCUUAAGGAACUUGCUCAGCAGAAUAUACUUUGCAGCCCACUGCUCGGCGAGUUUCUGUUUUUUUGUUUCGGCGUCCUUCAUCAACCCUGCAAUCUGCUCCCUGUACUUUGCUUCGAUCCUCUCCGGCGCCGCCUGCCGCUCCUCCCUGAGUGUCAUCCUCCAUCUUAUCCCUCCUCUGUCAAGCCUUUUCCGAUUCCAGCUGCAGCUCGAGCCUAUUCAGUCUCCAUGACGCUUCCUUCUUGUGCUGCAUCCAUGCUCGACGCCCUUCCUCUAAUUCUCUGCCACGGUCAACCAGCUCCGACAUAUGGUGGCCGUCCUCUGAACUGGUCAUUCUAGGCACAGCGCAGUGCCGAGCACUUGUCCGUCCGAGGCCGUCGUCUACUCCUCGCUCGGCUUGAAACCAGGGCUUUGACCGACUGCGAAGGCGUUCUAUGGGAGCCGGCAUCGUUCGACAGCCACGGUGUGGCCAUGGGCAGUGGGAGAACGCGCCGAUCGUGGACCAGCUUUUCUGC